AGAAAUAAAGAAAGAAAGAAAGAAAGAAAGAAAGAAAGAAAGAAAGAAAGAAAGAAAGAAAGAAAGAAAGAAAGAAAGAAAGAUUUCCUGGAAAUUGUUAAAAUGUCCUUAGCCAGGUGACAUCACCCCAUCUAGCAUCCUGUUUUAAUAAGAGCUUGCUGGAAAUCCCCAGGAAAACAUAUGAACAGGAUGUGAAGGUCUUCCGAUUGGUCCCCUGGGCUAUACUGUUUCGUGGUAUACUCCCCCUGGACACGGAGGCUCCAUAGUGUUAUCUGAACUUUCAGUUAAGUCUUAGCUCUUCUGUUUUCCCCAAAACCAUGGGAUCCGCCAGGGGAGGGAAGGUCUAGAGAAGUCUGUGCAGUGAAGAGGACCGACUGGCUGCCACCUUCUGACCAGAACGUCGAAGUUGGUAGAAAUCAAGAGGCAGAGCAUGCCUGCAGCAGCUCCUCCACGGGAAGGACCCCAGCCUCGCCCUGGCACCCUUUACUUGUUGAGGAAUCAAGGCAGGCAGGCGUGAUGACAGAAUUAGCUGGUCGGUUGACUUUGUGAAAAAGGCCAACACGGGAGGAGAGAUGAGGCAGUCACCCACCCUUGCUUGGGAAGUAAUGAGGGCCGAGCUUAGCCCUUCCCAUUUUCUGCAGGAAGGAUUCGAGGGAUAAGAAAAUGCCUCUGCCAGAGGGGAAAAAAAAUUCCAGAGCUAUUCCUUAUUAGGACCUACACUGAGGAAGCCAAAGAAUACUGCUAAACGGUCUCCUUUGUGAAGGAAAAUAAUAGGGCAAUCAGACCGAGGGAGGGAAUGGAAACCAACAGUUGCACAGACUUUUAGGCUGAGCCCCCUCAGUUAAAAACCCUGUUGGAAUCACAACGGAGGCUGGGAAUCAUUGACAGACGUAAUAUAAUAAGGUUUAUUUUGCAUUCCGCAGACCGCUCCCGUUGCUGGUCUAUUUCUUCCUCCGUCGUCCAUGAUUAAGCACAUGGCCAGAAGCACCAUUAAUUAUUAAACAAUAUAGUUUAGUGCUUUCCUUUGAUGCAAUGCUCCGGAGAAGAAGCAGGUUCUGUUUAUUUCUGGUGGCAUCUUUGGUGCAAAUUCCAGGGAAAAUGCAGAUCAGGGGUUUUUUUUAAGAUGUAGGACACUUUGGAUACCCCCCCUCCCAAAAAAAACAGUCACAGAUUUACCAUGACUUACAACCGUUUGGGUAAUGAUGCAACAGCACUGAAAAAAUGAUAGUUUUUCGCACUUAUGACCGCUGCAGCAUCCUGGUGGUCAGGUGAUUAAAAUUCAGAUCCACCUUCACAGGGUUGGUUGCUGUGGAGAUACAACAGGGAGAGGCAGGUUUACACAUCUCUCCUUGAGUCGUUAGCAGGGAAAUUCUCCAAACAGCUUGCCUAGGGGUUAAACUUCCUUCCAUCCAAACAAACAAUCCCAAUGAUGCGAUGAAAAAAAAAACAGCCAUCAGGUUGAUUUUUCUCCCUCUCUGCCACAUUAAGAAAUGUAAUUCCGCGGCAACGAUUGCAGCAGCUUUGAAGCUAACUGGGUGGAAAAAAAAACAAAACACCACAGCUUUAUCGCUGAAAGACCAAUGAGGUGCAUCAGCUCAAAAGUAAUCAAUGUAGCUGGCUCUAAAUGAAGGGUAAUUUAGUAAACGGGGAUGAUGGAACAGAGCAUCCCUUUUUUUGUUGUUGUUUCGUUUUGCUUUUCACUUGUAAAAUGUUUCCGCGGUCUCCCUGGCAAGGUGUGCUUUUUAUUUAUCCUUCCCCCUUUGCAGUUGCAAAACAAGACUUAAGCUCCAGUCCCACUGAGGUGGAAAGGUUUUCUUUAUGGCUAACAUUAGGCCAACCUUCUGUUUACGCAGCACAAGUCUUCUCCUCCUGUCUGUGCAUUCUUUGAGGUGGGGGGGAGGCGUUUCAUCUGAGUCUGUUGCUAUUGUGUUUUCCAGGUCUUCAACCCACCCUUCCUGACCUAGAGGGGGACCUGCUUUUCCUGUUGGACAGCUCCGGCAGCGUCUCCUACUACGAAUUCUCCAGGAUCAAAGAGUUCCUUGCUGAACUGCUUCUCCCGUUUACCUUUGGCCCUGACAAUGUCCAGACUGGCAUUGUCCACAUCAGCACCACGCCCAUCCUGGAGUUCCCCUUUGACCGGCAUUUCUCCACCCAGGCCAUCCAGCAGGCUAUCCGCAACAUCCAGCAGGUGAUGGGGGACACCAAUACCGGCAAAAGCAUCACCUUUGCCAAGGAGAAGCUCUUCACCGCGGAAGCGGGGGCCCGUCCUGACGUCCCCAAAGUGCUGGUGUGGGUGACCGAUGGCUUCUCCAAGGACGACGUGGCCCAGCCGAUGCAGCUUCUGAAAGACCUGGGGGUCGCCGUCUUCAUUGUCAGCACGGGCAGGGGGAACUACGUGGAGCUCUCGGCUGCUGCCAGCCCUCCCCCGGAGAAGCAUCUCCACUUUGUCGACGUGGAUGACUUAGCCCUCAUCACCAAGGAGCUGCAGGACUCCAUUGCAGUUGCCAUCCAAGCCAAGUGCCUGAGAGCCACAGAUAUCUCCUCAAGCAGCUUCCGCCUCACGUGGCCCCAGCUCCUGACACGGGACACCGGCUACUACAUUUUGGAGUAUGCCCCGAGUGGCCAACCCCGGCGGAAGGUGACCAGACAACUCCCUGGUGACCACACCAGCAUUGUGGUGACACAGCUAGACUCAGAAACCACCUAUGAGGUUGCUCUCAUCCCAGAAUCCAACGAGAAAUACAUCCCACCACAAACCACCAGGGUCACCACGCUGGAAGAGGUAGUCAGCCCAGCCCAGAUUCUUAUCUCAGAGUCCAAACCCCACAGCAUCCGGGUCAGCUGGUCUCCCAUCCUAGAGAGCGUGGCUGCCUAUCAAGUCAUGUAUGGUCCCUUGAAUGACAAUUUAGUCCAGCUGCAAGAGGUGGACGGCAGGCUCAAUAGCACCGUCCUGGAAAACCUUCUGGCCAACACCAGCUACCUAGUGACAGUGUCUGCCAUUUACAAAUCUGGCAAGGAGAAGGCUCUCUCCGCUAAAGCCUGCACACGGGAAGAAUACUCCAAAAUAAAGCACCUCCACUUUAAAGAUCUGAGCCCCAGCUCCGUAAAGGCCUCCUGGGAUCCAGCAGAAGGAGACGUGUUGGGCUACCGCGUUCUGUGUCGGCGGCAAGCCGGCCCUUCGACCCUCCUCAGCGUCUCACCACAGAUCCACAGCGUUUUGCUGUCAGAUCUGAUCCCCGGCAGCACCAACAAAGUGUGUGUGAAGCCUGUGUACAAAACCCAGCCUGGGAAAAAACUGUGUCGAGUGAUCCAUCGGCAGCCUGCUUCAGCCGCAGGUCGCUACAGGCACCGGCAGAGAGCGUGAGAGUUUGCGAACGAACUUUUUGUGGGUCAGAAGGCGAGGAUGGCCUGGGACAAAGGUAUCAAGACACCAGGAUGAGGAAGAUCACGGUCCCAAGGCUUUUCAACCUCCGGCUAACCCCCGUUCUCUUUUGCAACUGACUGGCCUACGAACGCCCCAAUCUGGCUCAGUUAGGAACAAAACAGCUUCACGGGGAUAUUGGAUCUUGCUAGAAAAAGGAGUCCUUGCUCACCGGGUUUUGUUUCCUUUCCUUGGAAUUCCAGCUAAAGACUGGGAACCCUCUCCCGCUUCCUUUGCAUUCUUAUUUAUUUGUGUUUUGUAUUAAAUGGGAGGGAGGAAGAACCUUGGUUCCUUUCUCACAUGCAAGUGAGAACUUUCACCUUCUAAUCCGCAUUCUGAAUUCUAAGAACGUCCUUCUGCUUCAAAAGCUAUUGCAUUUGAUGGGGGGGGGGGGAAGUAAUUAGAAGCACAAAGCAGAUCCCAAAUGAUUCCUUGGUAGUGGCCCAAAAUCUUAGUUGUUGAACACUGUUGCCAUCUGAAUUAAUCACGUAUAAUAGAAUUCCAAAGACUUCCUUGAGACUGAGAGCAAAACCCCUGGCCACCGGUAUUUCCCGUUUUAUUUAUGCACCUUUGCUCUGUUCUUGGAAGGAAACAGUUAAAGGAUGCAAAAUUCUUCUUCGGGCUGAGUGUCACAUUAACCCUUUUGAAUAGUGGGCCAGGAUCCAAUAGGUGGAUCAGAAUAACGGAUUUGGCAAUGGCAGGAUAUAGUUAUACAUGACCGAAUAAAAUUGAGAGAUACGGUUACUGAACCGUAAGCUAGCUGGCCAAUGAACGUGCUUAAUCCCGGUUCUACUUUGGGUGGCAUCAGAAAUUACAUUUGUUUGGGGGGCAUGCAAUAAUUUAAGGAAAUAAAAUGGAGCACCCCGCCAUAGAUACUAGGGAGUAGCAGAGACAGUUACCUCGUAAACAGAGAUAAAGAUAGAUAUCAAAGGAUAGCUAAGACGCUCAGAGGGGUCACUUUGGGAACAAGGUAGCGUGUAUUGUGCAAAUGCAGUGAUCAUUACACGUGGCUGGAUCCAUCUGGGACUGCCUGAACUGAACUGUGACCGAUGCAGAAGACGUACUGUACUUUUAUGGAAAUGUGAGAGAAAUGGCUGGGCUGCCUCCAACCUGAGAUCAUCCAGCAAAAUCAGAUGUUCUGUUCCGAAGACACAACCUGAAGCACUUUUUCACAAAAAGUGUUGGGCACCGGAGACGUUGUUCCCAAGCUGUGUUGGCCCUUUGGGAAAAAAGUAGUUUGCAAGUUGACAAUUGGACUUUGAGAUCAUCUCACCAGCUUAUACGGCACUGCCAGCCAAUUGGAGCUUGGGGCUUCUCGUUACACAGCAAACAAACUUGUUUGAAAAAUAACAGUAUUAUCAUGACCAUCCUGGGAGGCGGACCCCAAUAGAUUUGGGGACCACCCAACUGGAGAUGGUGGACCUAAGAUACGCAAGCAAAAGUCUCUGCCACUAAUCCCUGCAUCUUAGACAACUAGCCCCUCAAGAUGAAGUCCAGCUAGAAUCCCGAAAAGCUUGUUUUUCCAUGCAUGUUUUGUUUUACGGUUUCAUCAUGUGAGCCUCCACCUGCAUGAGAACUGAAUUAGCCCAGUUAACUGAAGUUUCUCGGCCCGAAGUAGGUAACAGAAAAGCAGUGUUUUGUUUUGUUUUGUUUGUUUGUUUUUUAAAAAAAGACACAAUUGUAAUAAUGCAAGUAACACUGUGGCUCGUUGCUAUUUGUUUUAAACUCAAAAGCUUACGGUGGCUUCAUUCCUGCUUCAGAAUGUGUGCGAUGGUCAUAAUCGUCUUGCGAGUCAGAAACCAUUUCAUAUUCUCUGUAAUUCUUUCAUGUACGGUUUUACUAAUACAGUAGCCAUUGUCUCCCCAGCUUACUUCAGAAACAUUGUUAUGUAUCCUUUGAAAUAAGCUGAAUUAAAAGAGAAAACAAAGAGCCAA